AUGAAGGUCGAACAGUGCGCUUUCUCCGGCUCCAAGAUCUACCCCGGUACGGGUAAGCUCUACGUCCGCGGUGACUCCAAGGUCUUCCGCUUCCAGUCCUCCAAGAACGCCUCCCUCUUCCUCCAGCGCAAGAACCCCCGCAAGAUCUCCUGGACCGUUCUCUACCGUCGCAUGCACAAGAAGGGUAUUGAGGUCGAGGUUCAGAAGAAGCGUACCCGCCGUACCGUCAAGGCUCAGCGUGCCGUUGUUGGUGCUUCCAUGGAUGUGAUCAAGGAGAAGAGGUCCCAGCGCCCUGAGGCCCGCUCUGCGGCCCGUGCUGAGGCUAUUGCGAAGGCUAAGGAGUCGAAGAAGGAGAAGGCUGUUGAGAAGGCCAAGUUGAAGUCCCAGGCCAACACUGCCAACCAGCAGGCCCAGAAGGUCGUUAAGCAGGCCCCCAAGGGUGCUAUCCGCCGUUAA